AUCAUUUAAGUCAUUGAUUUCAGUAGACAUUCUGAUAAAGUAAGUCCAGGCAAUUGUUCAACAAUAUUUCGGCUGCAAAACUACGAAACGCGACCUCCUGAUAACUACAAAUAUGGCAACAGAUCGUGACCAAGAACAGGACUUGCAGAAUAUUCUGAAUCCGUCAAACCAAGAUGAUAACCAGGCACAGGAUAGUCUGGAACAAAAGACUAUCAACACUGGGACAGAGCUACUAGGCCACAGCCUGCCGACAAAUCAAGGCAACACUGAACAGCCAGAGACAUCACUAUCACCUAGUCAAGACAAUGCCACAUCCUCAACUUUACGGCCAAGGAAACACACUCAUCGACAAACAAUUGAUGUCAAGCCGUUUCCAAACCGAAUCGAAGGUUCUAAAAUACCUGACUUUGACAAGACCCCUCAACAUUUCCUUGACCAUGGAGAAUGCGAUAUUAAGAAUCGCAUUAAUCAGACAAUAGAUAAGUCGAUAAAUCAGAAUCUUACUCAAUUGCAUUCAGAAAUUGGCUUAAAAGUGGAGCCGGAACAGGUCAAGACGAUGCCACAGGACUAUAAAUCGAUUUAUAUUAACUCACCUAGUAAGCUACCUGUAUGGAACAUGUCUCGUUACCGGGAAUGUUAUCCUAAGCAGGGUGAGGACUUUGGAAUCACUAAAACGACCAGGUCUACGGAACAGAUCAACAUCAAGGCGGCUAAGCCCAUUCUGCUGCCAGGAGAUCCACCAAUAUCGUUCUUUGGCAAGACUUUAUCCCCAAUACCUGAGGAGAUGUAUAAAUAUCCUGACAUUUCAACAGAGCACAAGGACGAGUCAAACCCUAUACCCAAAAAUGAGGAAGAGCCAGAGAAGUAGGUUUUUCUACCAGGAGGAGGAAGACAAAUCGAAUCCAUGUAUGGUUUAUUUAAGAAUUUGGUUAAAUAUGUUAAAUUAAUGAAU